GAGAAAUUAGUGCAUAGAUACGUCUUGGCCAAGACACUUUCCAAACUGGGCUCUUGAUUGUCUGUUUGCUCAAGGUGACCAUCAGAUCAGGUGCACGAAGACACAAUGAGCAGCCCUCCUCCUCCACCCAGUGACAAUGCUGCCUUUGACAACCCUAGCUUCGAGGGCGAGAAGGAGGAGGUUAUAGCCAUGAGACAACUGCCAACGGCGAUGCCCGCGACACAGGAACCGCCCAAUGGCUCUCCUCCUUACGCCAACGACAUCGAACUCGCUCCUCACGCACCGGAAAGGACGAAGGGGCACGAAGGCGAUGAUAAAGAUGGGAAUGGGGAUAACAGCGAUGAAGAGGAGGAAGAGGAUUAUAGCUUGUUCACGAUGAUUCCGAAUUAUAUCGAGUUUAAGGAAUCUAUUUAUCGUGCGUUGCCGAUCAAGGAGAUGCAUCAGUACAGACACAUCUUCUUCUCGCUUCUCUUCGGAGGCGGUUUUGUGAUGUACUUCGCCGCGGUUCUUAUCAUUAAAACGAAAAUUGAGGAAGAAUGGAGUUACUGGUGCGAGGCUGAUGGGCUGCUGAUAGUCCUCACGGCGCUCGUGGGCUUGGCAAUCUUCUACUUCCAGGUGUUAAAACGCCUUCUCGGCAAAAACCAUCCUUUGGGCCGGGCGUUCAAUACGUACGUGGUUGCCAGU